UUUCAUUGUGACUUACACGUCCUGUUUAAUAGGCCUUGAAUUGUACUGCAUCGUUGAAGGCGUACGUCAAGUGUUAUUUGGGCCUCCUGUGUGACCUGUUUAUAGACCUUGGUUGAUUUUAAAAAGGUUCUUAAUAACAAUAACAAAUGUAAUGAAAUGAUGUGAAUAGUGCAUAUAAUAAUAAUAAUAAUAGUGCAAAAUUGUAAUGCUCAAUAUUUGUUAAAAUAUUUCACGCACGACUGACGACAGAAAAACAUACAUAAUAUACAUUUCAAUAAACUUCGUGGAGAUCCAAUGUAUUUUCACCUAAUGGUAUACAUGCGUAUUAUUAUUACCACCGUGGUAAUUAUAACAUGCCUAUUGGGUGAUAAUUUUGUUGAACUGACACAGCAUCCGCUGCUUAAAGCCUUGGCGGACAAUGCUACCCAUGCCGCAAUUGGUGCAUUGUCCGGCAUUGCUUUUGCUGUACAAUUUUAUGAAAGAACUACACAUUUCUUUGGAUGGUUCCUGAUUUUUACUUGUUUUGCCUGUUCUUCACUUAUUGACAUCGACCACUUCAUUGCAGCUAGAAGCUGGAGUUUGGAGGAUGCUACAAAUCUUUCACGGCGUCCUUUUCUACAUUGCUCAUCGCUUAUUGUUCUGCUUCUGUUGGCUUAUCUUUGCACUUCUUGUCUCAACUAUUUUAAGUGGAGCCUUGUAUUGGGUGUUUUGCUAUGUGCCUUUAUAACACACCAUACACGUGAUGCCAUACGUCGUGGAUAUUGGUUUUAUCCCUGGGGACAUACUAAUAAAUUACCAAAUCUGGCUUACAUCCUCAUAACGGUAUUAACGCCUUAUGUCGUAAGCAAUUUGUAUGACAUAUGCCGCAGUUCCAUUGUGCAACAAUUCCUUGGUCAAUAUAUUAAACUAAAUGAAGGACAUCAUUACAAAGACGCCAGAGGCUACCGUUACAUGCAGGUGUAAUUCGAUGAGAACCUUCAGUGGUUAUAAAUAUAACAACGGAAACAUGUGAUUUGAAACGUAGUAUAAAAAUAUUUUUUAUCAAUUAAAUACACCUUUAAAAGGUUUUAUUAGCUUUAAUAUACAUUAGAAUUAUGUAGAAUCACACAGCAAAGCAUAUUUUGCAUUCGAUAGAGUGGAUAUUUUAGCUCAAAGCAAAGCCAAAAAAAAAAAAAAAUUAUCCACAUGAUACACCCGCUAAAGAAAAAUGUACUAACUUGAACUCCGCAGCGCCUGUUCCUCAAAAUUUUCCUAAUAUGGUUAGUCCUCUUUAGAUAUUGUGAUAUAAGUACUAGAAAUAGAAAAUAGUAUUUACUUUUUCGCUAUCAGAUCUUGGGAAAGUAAAAAAAAAAACAAUUAUUGCCGUUUUUUAGUUAAAAUUUUUAUUAAUAAAUCUUCUUAAACUUUAA